AUCCAAUAUGAUGUUUCUAGAAUGGUCAUUAAAUAUAUUAUUAUACAUUACUGUAAUAACAAUGGCCACUUUUACCAAUGAAAACGCAAAAAUUCCGUGCCAUACCGUACCUAAUUACCGUAAUUCAUCGAACAACGACUGUAUAAUGCCGAUUCAUUACAACCUGGAUAUGAUAGUGUUACCAGGCAUUUCAUUCAUUGGCGAGUUGAAUGCCACUUUUUAUAUUAAUUGUGAAAUAUCAAACAUAACUCUACAUAUUGCAAGAUCCGAGCAUAUAGUGAAAGUGAUGCUUAAAUCGCCUAAUGGAACAAUCUAUACUCCAAAUUUUGAUUAUUCGAGAAAUUUUGCUACUUUCAAUUUCAUUAAAUAUUUAUCGCCUGAAAAUACACACUUAGAUUGUGGAGUUUAUACAAUGUACGUGAAAUAUGAAAUCAUAUUUGUUCACCGGCAUUAUGGAAUGUACUAUAUAAAAAGAGAAGAUAGAAGAGAUAAAGAGUUUCUAUUCGCAAAUUUACUUCAACCGAGAAAUGCUCGACAAUUAUUUCCGUGUUGGGACGACCCAAAAUUAAAAGCAACUUUUAACAUCACCGUCAAAUUGGAUACAAGAUACUAUGCUAUAUCGAAUACGAUACCAAUAAAAGUCGAUUUUUCGUAUAACGGGAUGAUACGUUUACUGUUCCACAUGACACCUAAAAUUUCUGUAAACGAUGUCACGAUUAUAAUGUUCGAUUUGCAACCAGAUUAUAUUUCCAAGAUAAACAAGAUCUAUUUUUGGAGCAAAUGGGAUUUGAUACCUUACAUGAAAUGGGCGCAAUAUGUUGCGGGAAAUGUAAGCAUGUAUUUAGAAAACAAAUGGAGGAUUAUUUCAAGAAGCGAGCCAAAAAUGGAUUAUGUAAUUAUUCCGAUAGACUUGACCGAGUAUAAAAGGCGGAAUUGUGGAGUGAUUUUAUUCAGCAAAACAAAUAUUAUCUACAACAAAGAAUUUUAUCCUGUUGUAUUUAAAACUUUAGCAAUGCGUUCAGUAGCUCAUAAUAUAUUACAUUAUUGGUUUAUUAAUUUUUUCUAUUCGUUAUGUCGAUUUUUCUGGUGGUUGAACAAAGGCUUUGUUGUGUUCCUCGAAUCAUAUAUCAUCGAUAAGAUAUAUCCGAAUUCUCGGAUGAUGGACUUGUUUGUAGUUCAAAUUCGAGAUAAUUCUCAUUAUUUACAUCCAUUUGCUGUAGAUUAUUUUAAAGAAAAUUCUAACUAUAUGUUUAAAAUAAAUUUACCUUCUCCGUUUUCUUAUACUGUAGGAGCAGCUUUAUGGCGCAUGUUAGAAAGAAUAAUUCCAUCUAACGUAUUUUGGACAAGUAUUGACAAAUAUUUAAACAGAAAAUUUAUUUCUUCUGAUAUGGCAAAUACUUUCAAUGAUUUAUGGAGCAUUAUGCCGAUUCCUAAAAGUGUAUUAAAACUAAUAAAAUAUAAUUUGGACAUAAAUAAGAUUAUGGCUUUUUGGUCUACGCAGCAGCAUUAUCCCGUGCUAAAUGUUACACGAUAUUAUUCUGGAAAUAGUGCGAAAAUAUUCUUAGAGUUUCAGGCCGACAUGGAUCAGAAUCCAUAUUGUAUACCUGUCACAUUUACUGAAGAAGCAAGUAUCAAUUUUAAUGUAACUGGUUCAGAUAUUUAUUUGACGCCCUCAAAUCCAAAGUGGGAAAUACAGUUCUUUUAUCCAAAAAAGUGGAUAAUUUUCAACUUACAACAAAUUGGAUUUUAUCGCGUCAAUUAUGAUGACGAAAAUUGGAAAUUAAUUGCACGUUACUUAAAUUCUGAACAGUAUACAAAUAUACAUGUUCUGAAUCGAGCCCAAAUCAUCGAUGACUCAUUCCAUCUCAUGACACAGGGGAAACUUAAUUUUUCCACAUUUUGGGAACUCUCGAGUUAUUUAUGGCAAGAGAAAUUCUAUGUGGCAUGGUAUCCUAUGUUUAAAGCUCUGGAAUACAUGUCAAAUAUUAUUCCAUUUUUUAAUUCUGAACUCCAUCCUUCAGAAGUAUUUAAGAGCAACCACUAUGAAUGCAGUAUUAAUGUAAUGAUUAACAAUGCAUAUUCCCAAAAGCAACUUUCUGAGGUAAAUUAA